AUGAGUCAAGAUUCACUUCAACUCACCUCAUCAAAGGAAGAGUAUGUGGUGAAGAAAAAGUGGGAGGAUAUUCACUGUACAAUGUGUUCUCUGAAAUGGAAUUACCUUAGAGGCUCAGUAAUAGGAGUGGGAUUUGUAAUGAGGCUCACGCAGAGUUACUCUCUGAUAGAGACACAGUAAAUGUCUAUAAUAUGUGAUACUAUUUAUACCAUUUACUGCAGAUGGUUUUGGGAAAAGACCAGUCCCUUGUCCUAUUCGUUUCUCAAAUGAAGAUUAUACCUGUCCAAAUUGUCAAUGUGGGUUCAUUGAAGCAUUAGAAAACCAACCCGAUCAAAAUGAAGAAAGUGAUCCAGACAUUGAGGUGGAGAUGGUACAGCCAUUUGAAGAGAUGUUGAAUGAAAUGUUGGUUGACGCUGGAUAUCGAACAGAGGAAAGAAGGGGUGGAAGAGCUCGUAGAAGUGGCAGGACAGGAAGAGCUAGGCAACUGGCCCCCAUUGAACAUCUUAUUCAAGAUUUUAUUAUGAAUUUGACGGGAGUCGGCUGGGGAGGUUCAAAUACAAUUGGUGUUGGAACUGCACGUGGGGGAACUCCAGGAGGGCAUUUAUUAUUAAUGGCUAACCCAGGAGAUUAUGCUUGGGGUCGGGAAGGUCUUGACGCCAUUGUUACACAACUUUUGAAUCAGAUGGAUACUACAGGACCUCCUCCUUUAGCGAAAGACAAAAUUAGCCAAAUUCCUGUUGUUAUUAUUACUAAAGAACAACAAGAGACAAAUUUGCAAUGUUCUGUGUGCUGGGAAGAUUUUAAAGCUGAAGAGCCUGUUAGGAAGUUACCUUGUGAACAUGUCUACCAUGAAAAUUGUAUCAUUCCUUGGCUAGAGCUGCAUGGUACUUGCCCUAUAUGCAGAAAGACAUUAACUGAUGAUGGGCGAGCUGAAGAUCCAGAUAACUCGAAUAAUGUUGUUGGCAACAGUUUAGCAACACUUUUCCGGUAUGCAAGUGCAAGUGAAUCUUCAAAUUCUAGAACUUCUUCUUCCUCUUCAUCAUCUUCUUCAUCGGGUACUGGGUCUACUGGCAGCACUAGUAGCAAUGGAAGUACUUCAUCUUCAAGACCAGACUUCAAUAUGGAUAUAGAUUUUGAUUAA